ACCGCGGUCACCUUCAUGGUCAUAGCCCGCUCAGCCAGAGCAGAGGGCAUUCGACGUUAAAGUGUGUAUUUUCUAAAAGCUGUUGUCACGAGAGCUCACUCAAAUAUUACAGGUAGGCAUAUGGAGACACAUUUUCUUGAUAUCUCCCUGGCCUUUUGUGGGAUUAAUCUCUCUUCCUGAAGAUGUGAGAAAUGGUAAGAACCAUCUGUAAUCUAUGGAUGUGCAGGCGUCUCCAUGCAACAACACCUCAGACCCUCUGUGCUAUGAGGAAGGAUCAGGCACAUUAGCUGUGAUCAUUAUCCCCACUCUCCUGGCUCUCAGCACAGUGGUUGUUGUGACCAGCAUACUGUGCAGUCUCUUCCAUAGAAGAGCAACACCAGAGAGGACCUCCAUCCCUGCCCAUUACACCAAUCGUGCAGGUCAGGAGUGUGUGUCCAGUAGCCCAGUGAGAGAUGGGAUGGAGAUGGAGAUCCCAGGAGAAUGUACUCUGGAGGGGCUAGAGUUCUGGCAGACUGGCCACUAUGGUCCUAUCUGCAGAGGCACAAUGAGAAGAAAGGAUAUACCCAGUCCUGUAGUGGUCAAGACACUCCGAGGAGGCAUAAAUCAGCCUGAGGCAAAGGAGUUUGUUGACUGGAUCCUUUUCCAUGGUACCGUGUGUAAACACCAGAACCUGGUCCGGAUGCUGUACUGUCAGACACAGAGACUACCUAUGUACCUGGUACUGGAGGCCUGUAGUCCUGGCAACCUUCUGCACUACCUCUGGACCCUGAGAAAUAGUGAUUUGGAGUCCUUGGAUCCACUGCAACACUUUUCAGAGAGAUCAGUGUUUUUGGUGGCAAAGCAGGUGGCAGCAGGCCUGGACUAUCUGUUGUCAGAGCACAGGCUUGUACAUGGUAAUGUUGCUGCACAGAACAUCCUGAUUGGUCCAGGGUUCUCUGUGAGGGUAUCUGGAUUGGGCCUGGCCUUCGAGAUCCGCCAGCACCAGACUGACAAACUGGCCAAUCGCAGGUGCCAGAAUGACAAACUGGCCAAUCGGAGAAGAGCUGAGGUCCCUCUCAAAUGGCAGGCUCCAGAGAGGAUGAUGAAGCACCCAACCACAGACAGGAGUGAUGUAUGGUCUUUUGGAAUCUUUCUGUAUGAAUUGAUCACAUUGGGCUCUCCCCCCUACCCUGAUCUGGAGCCAGAGUGUGUGUUCCUCCACCUACAGAAAUCAUACAGGAUGAAGAAGCCAGACAACUGUGGAGGACCCUUGUAUGACCUGAUGAAGUACUGCUGGAUGUGGAGCUUCAAGGACCGGCCUGUGUUCUCAGCCAUCAUCAAGCUUCUGGGGUCUUACACAUACCUUGCUGGCACUACAGAUAUCUACAUCCCAGAGGACAUGGACAUCAUUGACUACAUCAAGAGGGCAGGUGUGCUGCCCUAAAUAUCUAGCCCAAGGCAUCACAUUCAUGAAUGAAGAAGCUAGAAGCAAGGGGUGAGUCCAUGACAAAGCAUGGCUGUAGUUGAUUUUAGGUUGAUGUGUACUGUACUGUGGUAUCAAAUGUGUUAUAAACUUUCAGAGAGAUUAUUUUAUGAUGCUGAAAUGAAAUGUAAAAUGGGUUGACAUAAUGAGGGUGCAUAAGGGUGUGGAAGUAUUGUAUGGAGCAUGCAACAAAGCCUUAUUGUAAGAUUGCAUUUUUGGAUGUGUCCCUUUUAGCACAUAAAUGGAUGUCAGGAAAAAAAGAUCUGCCACUAUAAUGUUAUUGUCUACUCACAUUUUUAGGCCAUCACAAGAGAACAUAUUUUAAGAAAUUAUACAAAUGUAAGAAUAGUGUUCUUGAUGUCAUAUUGUCCCCGGUGUCAUGAAACCAGGCAAGUCAUUAUAUCACCACUUUAAUUGUCAAAACAUUUACAGAAUUUAAAAUAGAGAUCUUCAUAAGAUGUUUUACUAGUUCAUAAUUUGGUGAGGAUAACUCUUGUGCCUUUAACGGUAGUAAUGAGACAUGUAGUAUUGUAGCCAUACAGUUAAUGUCCACAAUGAGACUGUCUUGAAGUCACUGUGAUCAUGAUAUGUAAAACUGUACUGCACACACUCAACACUGUUGAUUUGAAUAACAUUGCUUAUCAUUGACCAUGAUGCCAACAAACAAGCAGUUUGGAUGGUGUGGAGGUGACAUUUAUAGUUCUACUGUCCUGUUGCUAUUGUCAGUCAGUCUCUUAAGCCAAUUCAAAACAAACCCAUCAUCACAUUGUCUCCAUCACACACUCAUAUCUAAAAUUCUAAAGAGAGGUACAAACCACCAAUUUCAGAAUAACACACUGAGGCAUGUGGAAAUAGAUCAAGAACGGGAAUAUUCCGGACAACAUUUUGUCCUCAUGACUCACGCUUAAAAGUAACUGCAAAACUUUUUCACACUACUGAGCUGAGGUGAGCCGAACCAAGCCAAGAUGAUCUGUGCAGGACUGGUUACACACCCACUAUAGUUGUUGAAAUCAUACUGGAAAUGACAACAAGAAAGGAAUACAUGUAAGCCAGCACAGAAUGGUUCAGGCUGGCACUAUAGUGUGAAAGGGUGCAGGUUAUCAACUGAACUAAAAAAAAAAGUUUAACUAUUCACUGUACCGUAGGUUAAUAAAAGCAAUGGGAUGGUAAAGCAUUUUUUUAUUAUGUACUACUGAAAGUGAAAAGCCUCCUAAAACAGAAGCAGAGGUGCGCAAACACCAAAUAUAAAGCUACGUUCACAGGAGAUGAAGUCUGACCACAAUGUCAUGUGUAAGUCAAAUUAAAAUGACUGUCUGAGAGUGGGGAGAGGGAAACUAGCUGUUA